GAGGGCAGGUCGCAGCUUCCGGCGGUUGGGUCGAGUCUGAGCAGACGACGACGAGGCUCGAGCUCCCGACAUGGCUUCCCUUUCAUUUGCCCCUGUGAACAUCUUCAAAGCUGGAGCUGAUGAAGAAAAAGCUGAGACGGCACGUCUGUCAUCUUUUAUUGGGGCCAUUGCAGUUGGAGAUUUGGUUAAAAGUACUUUGGGUCCAAAAGGCAUGGACAAGAUUCUACUGAGUGGUGGAAGAGAUUCUUCUGUGACAGUGACCAAUGAUGGAGCAACAAUCCUUAAAGCUAUUGGUGUUGAUAAUCCAGCAGCUAGAAUUUUGGUUGAGCUGUCCAAGGUACAAGAUGAAGAAGUUGGAGAUGGCACUACAUCUGUGACAGUGUUGGCAGCUGAACUCUUGAGAGAAGCAGAAUUACUUAUUGCUAAAAAGCUUCAUCCUCAGACAAUCAUUUCUGGCUGGAGGAAAGCAACCCAAGCAGCAAGAGAUGCUUUGAAAAAAGCUGCAGUGGACCACGGGGAUGAUGAAGCUAAAUUUUAUGAAGACUUGAUGAAUAUUGCAAGAACCACACUCUCUUCAAAGCUACUUACUCAUUAUAAAGAUCACUUUUCUAGUCUGGCUGUGGACGCUGUGGUCAGACUGAAAGGUUCUGGUAAUCUUGAAGCUAUUCACGUGAUAAAGAAACUUGGAGGGAGCUUAGUUGAUUCCUACCUGGAUGAAGGUUUUCUUUUGGAUAAGAAAAUUGGAGUUAACCAACCCAAGAAAAUUGAAAAUGCAAAAAUUCUGAUAGCAAAUACUAGUAUGGAUACCGAUAAAAUUAAGAUAUUUGGUUCCCGAGUGCGGGUGGAUUCUACUGCAAAGGUUGCAGAAAUUGAACUGGCUGAAAAAGAGAAAAUGAAAGAAAAGGUGGAUCGCAUCCUCAAACAUGGAAUUAAUUGUUUUAUCAAUAGACAGCUUAUUUAUAAUUACCCUGAACAGUUGUUUGGUGCUGCAGGUGUUAUGGCUAUUGAACAUGCUGACUUUUCUGGAAUAGAGCGACUUGCACUUGUAACUGGUGGUGAAAUUGCUUCAACAUUUGACCAUCCUGAAUUGGUUAAACUGGGACAUUGUAAACUCAUUGAAGAGGUCAUGGUUGGUGAGGAUAAGCUAGUUCGUUUCUCUGGAGUGGAGCUUGGUGAAGCAUGUACCAUUGUUCUUCGAGGAGCAACUCAGCAGAUUCUAGAUGAGGCUGAACGAUCUUUGCAUGAUGCCCUCUGUGUACUUGCUCAGACAGUGAAAGAAACUAGAACUGUUUAUGGUGGAGGCUGUUCAGAGAUGUUAAUGGCACAAGCUGUGUCUGAACUUGCUGUCAGAACACCAGGCAAAGAAGCUGUAGCAAUGGAGUCAUUCGCUAAAGCACUAGCAAUGCUUCCUACCAUCAUAGCUGAUAAUGCUGGGUAUGAUAGUGCAGAUUUAGUGGCUCAGUUACGAGCUGCUCAUAGUGAAGGGCAAACAACAUAUGGAUUGGACAUGACAAAUGGCACCAUUGGAGACAUGGCAGCAAUGGGUAUUACAGAGAGCUUCCAAGUGAAGAGACAAGUUCUGUUGAGUGCGGCAGAGGCAGCUGAAAUGAUCCUUCGAGUGGAUGAUAUUAUUAAGGCAGCUCCAAGGAAACGUGUACCUGAUCAACAUCCUUGCUAAGUUAUGAACAUGAAUAAGGAGAACAUUUGGACUCAUGUCGGCAGUGAACACGAGACAUCAUCCAGUAGAACUAAAAUAGAAGAUUUGUAUUUAUAAAGUUUCAAUACGUUUAAGUAAAUGCCUUGGUUCCAUUUGACUCAUCUUUCCUUUACUCUUCUAGCUGAGGCUGUAUUCAGAGUGUCAUACAUUAAAGUUUUGUCAUCGCAA